AUGCGUUUCAUGAAUUUGGGAGCUGCGCUCCUGCUUGUGCUGUUCGUCGUCCAAGUCGCCGCGCAAAGCCCCUGCUCUGUGACUGUCUCAACUUCGGAAGAUCUUCGCUCUGCGCUCGACAACGUAGCAAACACUGUCGUCUGUAUCGCUGCCGGGACCAUCACCUUGAGCGGCACGGAACUUGAAAUUAACCGGCUUGCCGAACCAAUUGAACUGCGCGGGACUGGGCUUACUAGCAGCGACACUGUGCUCGAUGGUGCUGGUCUCUCUCGCAUUGUGAACAUCACUUCCAAUAAUGUUGUCCUUCGGCACUUGACCUUUCGCAACGGAGCAACGGAAGGCAACGGAGGCUGUGUGGCGAUCGCUUACAAGUACAACACUCCAACAGGCUCGGUUCUGGUUGACUCUGUUCGUUUCGAGGGCUGCUCCACAGCGAGCAAUGGCGGAGGUUUUUGGGUUGACACGCUUUUAGGAACCCGAUCUGUGCAGGUUGCCAACUCCGACUUUACCUCUUGCAGCUCACGCCUAGCUGGAGGCGGAUUUCUUGCUGAAGGAGCGGUCGGCACGCCGCUUCUGGUGACCGUGUGGAACAGCAACUUCUCCCAUUGCAUCUCACACAAUUCCAACGGCGGAGCAUUGUAUGUGAGGUCUCUUUUCAAUCUCCAUCAUGCGAGCACCCUCAACGUGUCGAGCACAGUGUUCAACAAUUGCACGGCUCCCAAAGCGAGCGGAGGCGCUAUUGGCGCUUCAGCAGCAUCUUGGGUGGACAUUCGUGAGACUCGCUUCGUGUCUUGCUUUGCUUUGCAUGAAGGCGGGGCAAUCGAUUUGGAGUUGACCAGCAAGAACAUUACCAUUUCCGGAAGCAACUUUUCGCACUGCGGCACGUCGGACGGCAACGGCGGCGCACUGGCGAUUUCGGACGUGGGAGUCGUGGACAUUUCCGGAAGCAACUUUUUGAGCUGCAACACAUCGAACGGCGAUGGAGGUGCGUUGGCGAUUGAUGUAGCAGCACUUGUGAGCAUUUCCACAAGUGUUUUCUCCGAAUGCUCGGCUGUGAACGGCCAAGGAGGCGCACUCCAGCUCGUAGUGGGGGCUCCCUAUCUCGCAAAUGGUCCUGCGUAUGGGUUGUCCAUUCGCAACUCCACUUUCGAGGCUUGUCAGGCCAGCAAGAGCGGAGCUCUUCACCUGGAAAUCGAUCACGUUGUCGACUAUGGCUUGGCUCCAGUCUUCUCCGCUGUGAACUUCCUCCGCAACACUGCGCUCAUCGAUCAAGGCGGGGCGGUUUACCUGGAAGGGCAGAACUCGCUGGUCAGCUUCGACAAGUGCUUGUUUGCAGACAAUGUGGCCAGGACCGCAAUGGGUGGCGCUGUUGCACUUGCUUCAAGGCUGGACCUGGACUUUGUGGCUUGUGUCUUUGAGCGCAACAUGGCAACAGAUGGUUCGGUUCUUGUCAUGGACGCGAAUCAAGCCAAACUGUCAAUUGUCAACAGCACAAUGAUCAACAACCACGAUCAAACUUCAGGCAGUGCCACGGGUCAAGCGCUGUACUUGGCGCGAAUCAUCGGCUACAUGGUCAACUCCUCACUCACGCAUUCUAUGGCGUCCUCGGCCGUUGGUGGUGUAGUUCGUGUUUCGAACAACGCCAUCUUUGCGAUUGCUCGAACUGUGAUCAGCACCCCGGCAGGACAAAACCAGUACGACCUGUACUACGCGGGAAGCCAGACCAAGGUGCUGCAGUACCCGGACCCGAGACUCAAUGACCGGAGACAAGGCACCCCAACGUUCGUUCUGGCCUUUACCGUCACCGAAUUUUGCGAGACUUGCAAUGCACCGGGCUGGAACACAUUCUUGUGCAGGGCUAUGCCUGAGUGUGGUCCUGGCUUUCCUUCGUCUCGAGCAUCGAUGGUUACAGCGGCAUCCAUUGCCUCUGCCUCGACUGCAUCCUACUUGUCCGUCGUUUCGACAAGCUUGGCAAGCGUGGCGAGUGCCGCUAGUACGGUGAGUGCAUCGUACGCGAUUCUGGCAACUGCGUCGACUGCAUCGCACCUGAGUGCAGUUUCAACAAGUCUUGCCAGUGCUGCAAGCGCAGCGAGUGUUGCGAGUGCAGCGAGUCGAAUUGCUGCUUCUGCCGCUUCAGCCGCAUCCGCUAUCGCGGCAACUGUGGCAUCCAGUGCGUCUGCUGGUUCAACCGCCGCUGCUUCCGUUGCUAGUGUUGCAAGCGCUGCAAGCUUUGCGAGUGCUGCCAGCCUUGCGAGUGCGGCAAGUCUAGCGAGUGCCGCGAGUGCCGCUAGUGAUGCCGCUGUUGCGUCGGCUGCCUCGAUUGCCGCUGCGUCUGCCGCCACUGUCGCGUCUGUCGCUUCCGCUGCUUCCGCUGCUUCCACGAUUUCUGCCGAGUUUGCAUCUGCUGCUUCCGGUGCAUCGACUGUUGCUGCUUCUGCUGCCUCUGCCUCUGCUGCUUCUGAUGCCUCUGCUGCUUCUGCUGCCGCUGAGGUUGCCGCUUCUGUUGCGUCUGCAGCUUCCGGCGCAUCGACGGUUGCCGCGUCUGUUGCAUCUGCAGCUUUCGUUGCUUCCACGAUUUCUGCCGAGUUUGCAUCUGCUGCUUCAGGAGCAUCGACUGUCGCCGCUUCUGUUGCAUCUGCUGCCACUGCUGCCGCUGAGGUCGCCGCCUCAAUCGCUUCUGCAGCUUCAGGUGCAUCGACGGGUGCUGCGUCUGUUGCAUCUGCAGCUUCCGCGGCAACUGUUGCAUCACUAGUCUCUGCUGCUGCUGCGGCUUCUGCGGCUUCUGAUGCCUCCUUUGCUUUUGAUGCCUCUGUUGCCUCUGUUGUGGCUGAAGCUGCCGCCUCUGUCGCUUCUGGCGCUUCUGGAGCAUCGACCGUUGCCGCUUCUCUUGCAUCCGCUGCUUCAGGUGCAUCGACUGUUGUCGCUUCUGCCGCCUCUAUCGCUUCUGCGGCUUCAGGUGCAUCGACUGUCGCCGCUUCUGCUGCCUCUGCUGCGGCUGAGGUUGCCGCCUCCGUCGCUUCUGGCGCUUCUGGUGCGUCGACGGUUGCCGCGUCCAUGGCAUCUGCUGCCUCGGUGGCAUCCUUGGAGGCGUCGGUGGCUGCUAUCGCGUCAGUGGCGUCAGCUGCGUCAGACGCUGCUGCCAUGAGCGCGUCGAGCGUUUUGGUCGAUGCUGCGGCAUCAGCAGCCUCUGUGGCAUCUGUCGAGGCGGCAAACUCUGCCGUUUCUGCAGCGUCUGUGUUUUCUGCAAUGUCUGCUGCUUCGGCUGCUCCUGCGUCCUCCGUCUCGGUUGCGUCUGUUGCGUUUGAUGCAUCAGUCUCCCAUGCGGCUGUUCUUCCUUCAAUGUCUGCUGCGUCCGUCACGUCAACGACGAGACUCUUGACAUCCUUGUCCCAGCAGGAUGGCGACUCGUCCUGGCUUCCGAUCAUCAUUGGAAUCCUGGCUGGUGUUGUCGUGUUGGUUGUGCUUGUCUUGACAAUCGUGCUGCAUCGUCGGCGCCAAGGACGACAGGUUGCAACGGCAGCCGCCCUCGUCUUGCUCAAGAGUGGCCGCGGCUCUGACGCUUCCAUGGAUGGUGCCAACAUCCGCCAGUCGGAAGCUCACUAUGAAUCCGUUGAAGCACACUAUGAGCGCUUGGACGCGCUUGCCACCAGUGCCGACCUGUACGAAGCCGUUGGCUCGACGACUGCAACUGCCGUCGGAAACGAGUCCGUUUACGAAUCGACCAACCUGACGAGCGCAUCCUUGCGCAACAAGGAAAGUUCCGAUGUGACCUACAUCGAAACAUCAAGCGCGGAAAGCUUCAACACAACCCGUCCCCAGAUCCCGGCCGCGACUUACGCCGCCAUCGCUGUCGUCGUGCAUCCUGAUCCUGAUCCGGUUGGUCAAGUCCCUCCUGCCCAAGGUCCCAAGUACGUGGAAAUUGCAACUCCCGGUGUGUCGGCGUAUGCGGAAGUCGCCGUUGCAGCUUCGGCCAGCGGCAUCCUCCGAGGCCAAGCGGAAGCCGUGACCUCGACCGAUUACGCUCAAGUCGUGUCCGAGAGCAACGAGAGCAACGAGAGCUCGCAGCAGACCUAUGCGACGAUCGACCCAAGCUCGUAA